AUGACUUGUGUGGAUUUGUUCCAAGCACGAUCCGAGAUUGAACUCGACUCUUCCACGGAGCAUUGGAGCCUCAAAGACCUCCUGGAGCUUGACCUAUCUUCAAAUUCUCUGACUGGCAACCUGUCUGAACAAACUGAAGAUCUGAAGGUUGCAACUUACAUAAACCUCUCUAGAAACGCGUUCACUGGCACCAUCCCUGACGCGUAUGGCAGCAUGAACAACUUGAUGAUCUUUUCUCUUGCGAGCAACGAGCUCCAAGGAUCCAUACCACACUCUCUUGGCAAAAUGAUAAGCCUGGUUUCGUUAGACUUAUCAGACAACCUUCUCUCGGGGGAGAUACCUACGGCUUUAGAAAACCUCCAAUUCCUAACCUAUUUCAAUGUGUCUUUCAACAAACUAAGUGCUGAGAUCUCGCCUUUCAGGAAUUUCAGCUACUCCCUCUUCGCGUCGAAUGAAGGCUUAUGCAGUGCUCGUGACUCGCCAUACGUGGAUAGAUGUAAGAAGAAGAAGAAGAAGAAGAAGAAGAGUGAAAGAAGAAUCAUAGUUGUGGUGAUUGCAUCUGUCACAUUCGUGGCAUUGCUCAUCACAUUCUUCUCAGUCCUAACAUGGACAACGAGGAGGCGUAGAAGACGAGCAACGGAACAACCUAGCUCACACGACAUCAAAGACAUGGAGAGGUUUUCAUACCAAGAGCUCAAACAAGCUACCAACGACUUCAGCAACGAAAAGCUACUCGGAAGCGGGAGCUUUGCCUCGGUCUACCUGGCGAAUUUCGACAAUGGGAACCACUUUGCAGUCAAAGUGUUUAAUCUCGGGCGAGAACAUGCUUCUAGAAGCUUCGAAAGGGAGUGCUAUAUGCUGAGCAAGUUGAGGCACCGGAAUCUGACGAAAGUGAUCAGUGCGUGCUCAAAUCAUGAUUUCAAAGCUUUGCUUCUCGAGUAUAUGCAGAGUGGGAGCCUCGAGGAUUGGUUGUAUCGCGAUGGAUCCUUCUUGGAUGUUGUGCAGAGGAUUGACGUGAUGAUCGACGUUGCGUCGGCUUUGGAGUAUCUGCACCAUGGCUAUGUGAAGCCUGUGAUUCAUUGUGAUUUGAAACCGAGCAAUGUAUUGUUGGAUAAGGAUAUGGUGGGGCAUAUCACUGAUUUUGGGAUUACUAAGUUGUUGGGAGAGGAAAACAGUGUUGUGCACACACAUACUUUGGCUACUCUGGGUUAUAUGGCACCAGAAUAUGGGAACGAAGGAGUGGUCUCUAGUGCAUGUGAUGUAUAUAGCUAUGGUAUUCUAUUAAUGGAAACAUUCACAAGAAGGAAGCCGACCGACGACAUGUUUGGUGGAGAAUUAAGCUUGAGGAGUUGGAUAGAUGCUAUGCUCCCUGACUCAGUUAAUCAGGUUGUGGAUUCAGCCUUAUUGAGAGAGGAAGAAGAGCAUUUUACUGAAAAAAUGCGGUGCGUUUCGUCAAUUGUCCUUGGCCAUGACUCAAUCUCCCAAGGAUAG